AUGCUGGACGUGGCGGAGACCGAUGAGGGCGAGGCUCUCACCGGGGCGGAGCUCUUCCACUACAUCGCGACGCGAAACGAACAACAGCUGGCGGAGAACAGACGAAAAGUUAAGGAGUACACGCAGCUGCAGGAGGUUCUGCAGAACCUCACUGAUCGAUGUCGUCUUUCAAUCUUAGCGCCCGUCGCGGGCGGCAUGGCGUAUUUUGAGGCGACUAUGGACUACACGAACAACAUCCUCGUCCUUCUCGGCGAUAGCUGGUUUGCCGAGCGUAGCGCAAAGCAGGCGCGCGAGAUUGCGGGUCGCCGUCUUGACUUCCUGUGCCGGGAGGAGGCGGCUCUCCUGGCGGAGGCGAGCGCGCUGCAGCAGAGGCAGAGUUUGUUCCUCUCGGAGAUCCCCAACGCGGAGCGGGCGAUGGCGGAAGUGGAGGCCGCCAAGGCGGGGGCCUUUCACGGCUGCAGCGAGAAGGGUGAGGGUUCAGCUGCACCUACUACCACUACUACUACUAUCACCAAUGCCACUGUUGGUGCUGGAGCACCGCCAAUGGGGAAAGAGGGGCCGCUGCAAUUAGGACUGGAGGAUCAAGACUUAGCGGUGAUUGAUGAACUGGAUCAGCUUACAGAGGACGAGCUUCUGCAGAUUGAGGAGGAACUGGGGGAUAAGAUCGAGGAUGAUGAGUUGGUGGAACGCAUCAUAACAGAAAGAAUCAUUGCCAAGAAAGAGAAACGCGUGCGGGAGCAGUUACAAAAGAGCAAGGUGCGGGUGGUGCCCUUGGCCACAGGGGCGGAGGCUCCACCACAAAAUAUACAAGAACAACAACAACAACGACAGCAACAACAGGACCUAUCGUUCACCUCCGCACCACCAAAGUUCAACGCCCCGGGGGAUAUUGGCCGAGCGGCCGCUGCUGUGGUGAGCGAAACGGUGGGUGUUGAUUCAACCGAAUCGGGCGCCGCCAAAAAAUCAAAACGGCGCAUCACAUUCAGCGACGUUGUGGAUGUCGUGCCCCCGGAGGGGCCGGUGACUGCCAUGUCUGCACCGCUGAGAGGCGGGGAUGUGCAGCUCUCCAGCGGCAAUGUGCUUGGCGAGGUGGUGGAACACGCAGCGAUGUCCUCACCACAUCCCAUACCUGUUGCUGCUGCUGCGCCAAAGCGGAAGUCACUCUUUCGGACAGAACUGGAGGGCGGAAAGUAG